AGAAUUAUUUUCUUUGUGGAUAUAGAGGGACUGAGGGAGUAUAGGUUUACAUUAACCGAUACACACGUAAAAACAAAAAAAAAUUCUCAACUUUAUAUUUCUACGAUACAUAUGAGAUCACAAAGUAAAACAUAAAAAUAACUACAUGCAACAAAAUACAAAGAAACAAGUAUACAUUUUAUUUUCACUAUCUAUUAAUAGUUAGUUACCUAACAAUUUAUUAUCUAAAACAAUAAUUUAUUAUCUCUUUUCCUCCUCCCACUCAUUUUCACUGCACCCCGCCGCCCCCCACCCUUCCGUGGCUCUAGCGUUGCAGGACUCAUACUCCUCGUAGGCCUCCUCCGCUCGGGAGUCGGGACUCCAGCAUUGGCGUCGAUUAAUCUGUGACGACGACGACCCGAGGCCAAGGCAAACUCCGCACAUCCACACCGGCUGCGGGGACGACAAGUGAACAACGCGCGGCCGACCUAGAGUCCUCGAACAUUCGAGAUUGAGGACACCUCGAACAGCACUACGACGUGCUUCACUUCACGGCCGGUGUCCAGGCAUCAGCUGCAAUACGACGUAAGGAGAAAAAAAUGGAGGAUGAUCAUGCCUUAGUUGACAAAUCUGUGGAGGUGCCUGAGGUGGUAAAUAGUCCAAACUUGAUGACAAGUGAGGUAACACCCGAAGAAAAAGGUACCAUGCCCAUGCACUCAGAAUCUAUUAAAAAAGAGGAAGACACUGAGGCAAGAACCGAACCUGUCGAGAAUGAUCGGAUAGUUCUCGAGAAGGAAAUGCGAUCAGCCUCUAAACAAGCCACCAAGAAAUGCAGAAUAAGAAUGAUGCUGAAAUAUCGACAAUAGUGGAUACAGAUGAGUCCGUUGAGCCCACAGAUUGGCUACACAGAAAUGAUAAUUAUGUUCCAGGAUGUAGAGGCCAACGGACGGUCCAUAUUGAUCCAAUACCUACUUCUGAUGAGUUAUAUUAGCACAACACACUCAUGCUACUUUAAUAAAAAUAAGGAGCGGUUAGAUGUAUGUUACUGUGUUUAUUUUUUAAAAAAAUUGCAGAACAAAAAGUACCAGAGCAGGGUAUAAGUGACGUAGAUGUCCAAACAAAAGGCGAGAACAAAAUAAUAGUUCAUCAAGAAAAGGAUGGAGAAAAGAAGCGGAAGCGUGCUCACGAGGAUGACGUCAUUACAAUUGAGCCUGAUAAGGUACAGGUCAAUGAUAACGACGUUAAAACGCCACGGAUACAAAAAGACAAAGAGCUCAUGUGUCCUGCAAAUAAUUUGUUGGUGUUGCCUCAGUAUAACAAGCCAAAGAAAUCAAACAUGGCACAAGUCAUGCCUCAAGAUUAUGAGUGUACGGCACAAGAUCUUGAGGUAAUUCAAUAUAUGAAAUAAAAAAGUGAAAAGCAUCUGCUUGUUAGAAUUGGUGAUUGCUGGGGAGAAAGAAAUGACAUGGAUUGCCUUUUUUCUGGGAAUGAGGAAGUAAAUGGCGCUGUUAUAAGUCUUUAUAUACAAUUGAUGCGGAAUGAAGAGCACCUUCUUCAUAGAGAAUGUGGAUCUGUUUAUUUGGAGAAUACAUAGUUUUCUCAAUUGCUACGAGGUGACGGAGAGCAAGAUGAGACGAAGUUGAGCUAUACUCAUGACGACGUGGUUGAGACAAGGGUUCAAAAUUAUUUAGAUGUUGAUAUGGUCUUUCUUCCAAUCAACAUUACAAAGUUUCACUGGUACCUAGCGGUCGUGAAUGCUUCAGAAGGUGAAAUACAUGUUUUGGAUUCAUUUGGAGAAAAUAUGACAAACUGGACAGAUCUCAAAUAUACGUUAAUAGGAAUGGAAAGACUCAUAAAGCAUGCACUGCUCUCUACACCACUGGACCAAACAAAAUGGAAACACGGUGUCGAAGUGUCAACUUGGGAGAUUAAACAUAAGAUUGUCGAACAAAUGCAAAAAGAUGGUUGUAGCUGUGGUUUAUGGCUCAUUAAUUACAUGGAAUAUUGGACAGGAACUGUUUUAUCUUACCAAAUCAGCCAGAAAGAUAUAAGUAACUUCAGGUAUAAACUACCUGCUAUCUUGUAUAACUCCCCAUUAAAUGAAGCAAGAGGCUUACCAGAUGAUGGAUAUCAAUAUGAGACUAACAAUAUUGAGGAUGAUGACGUCACAGAGCUCGAUGAUCUGGAUAUUUUAAUGUCAGGUGACAUCAAGUUAACACGCACAUUAAAGUGGAAAAGUAGAGAAGAUCUAUUAUCAGCAAUUUACACAAUCAUCCAUUUGAUUGGAAGUGACGAAACUUUUGACAAAGACUGGGUGCGGAGUACAAGACCGUACCCAAUUUCUUUAAGUCUUAGGAAGAUUAAAAAUAUUUUAAAUGAGAAUCGAGAGAUGGAUCAUGAAUGCUUUAAUAUGGCUAUUCAGAAAGCUGUGUGCAACCAAGAUAUGAUGCUGAAGAAACAAAAAUAUCACUUCAUGGACCUCAGAUUUGCUGAAAUAACUAGGUUCGGACGAGAUCAGCGAUGUUGUGGUAAGAUUGAUAAGGUAUACCAUGAAAAAUUAAGAAAAGUACUAGAGUAUUGGCCAAACAUGGAGUAUAAAAUUACAGAUUGUAGCCAUAUUCUACUACCAUAUUAUAAGGACGGAACUUACAUUUUAUUUAUAUUGGAUAUGCAAAACAAAAUUGUGCAUAUUAUGGACCCCCUUGAAGAUGAGACAUGUUUGGAGGGUUAUAAUCAAAAAAUGGCAUAUAUACCUACAUUACACACUAUUGCUAGAAGACUCAGUCUCGCCAUGGGACUGACAAAUGCAAAGUGGACCGGUAAUAUUUAUAAAUAGAAGCAAGAAUAUCCACUUGUAAUAAAGGUUACAGAUAAUAAUAAAUACUGAAAAUUGGGAGGCUUUCUUGUUUACAACUUCAUGAAGUUGUGGGACGGCACAAAAUUGCCACAAAUCAACAGCCACUCAACUUCGCUGAGGAUGGAAUUUUUUGCGGACAUUUUGGCAAGCAAAGCAAACGAAUGUUUCGACAACAUCCUUAAGAUGUCCAAUACAUGAUUAAAGAGUUAGACAAAAUGUAACAUAGAUGCUCAUAACACGACAAAUAAUAACAGUAUUGCGUGAAAAAAUAUUUCCAAACUAUAAUUUUUGUUUUUAGAAGCAUCCCAAAAUUAAGCCGUAGCGUUAGCACGGACAUUAUAUGGUUGAGGACUUAGAUUACUUUUUAUUCUUUAUGCAAAAGUGUUUCCAGAUGGUAUACAUGCUCAAAUAUAAUUGUGUAAAAAUUAAACUAUAAAAUAAAAUCAUUGAAUGUUUUUAUAUACAUCUCCGAGAUAAAACCGUAGCGUU